GCAUGGAGAGUAUUACCCCAGCAGCAGGACUGGGGCGCUGAGCAGAGCUCCCGCAGGUCCUCUUAAGUGUGUUGCCAGAUGGGAAGGUGUUGUCACACCCAAUCCUGGGGGCUAGACGUUGCUAUGUAGAAAGGUUGUGGGGCGCCUGAGUGGGAAAUAACUGAUGUUGUGAACCCUGUGCAAUGUGCUACUGUUCUUACUUCUUAAACAGUCCCUUUAGCUAUACACAGAGAGGCAGUCCCGGAGAGAAAAUUAGUAAAAAGGCCCUGCGAUUAUUUUAAAGGAUUUUCUCUGUAAACUAGAAGAACAGUUUGAAGAUAUCACAAGCGCACCUCCACAACUGAUAGCAAUUGUCAGCAGAGAAGUUGAACUCUGAAUACCCAUGUUAAUCAUACUCUUGCCUGAAGAGGUCUGCAGAUCAGGAGUGAGGUCUCUGAUCAAAAUGAAUGUCAUUAAAAGGCUUUCUGCUUCAUAUCUGAGGAAAAGCAAGAUGCAGCAGAGGUGCCAAAGUAACAGACGACCAAUUGCUCCACUUGGGUCACGGAUUUUAACUGAUCCUACUAAAGUUUUUGAACAUAACAUGUGGGACCACAUGCAGUGGUCACAAGAGGAAGAAGAAAGGGCCAGAGAAAAAGCAACAGAGAACUCGCUUGUGCGGGUUCAACCAGAAGAUCAAGACAAAUAUGAAAGAGAAGCUAGUAAAUACUGGAAUGAAUUUUACAACACUCAUAAGAAUAACUUUUUCAAGGAUCGUAAUUGGCUGUUUCUGGAGUUUCCAGAAAUUCUUCCAAAAGGAAGGAAAAAUCAGAUGAAUAAAGAGGAAAAACCUUCUUAUCCUGUAAAACUGAAUGCUACAAACAGUUGCACAAAUGUGGGCUUUCCUGGAAUGUUUGAAGAAGGCAAAGAUUAUUGCCAGAACAAUUUGGUGGAUGGCUUAACUUCUGUGGAAGGACACUCAUACAACAAAAACCAAGCAGAACCUGUUACUGACAACAAACAUGUUAAGAACUGUGAACAAGAACCUGUGAAGCAAGAAUCCUUCCCUGGCAGUGGUGCUACUUACAGAAUGCUAGAGGUUGGUUGUGGUGCUGGAAACAGUGCUUUUCCUAUUUUGAAAGUUAUAUGCAAUACCCCUGGAGCCUUUCUGUACUGCUGUGAUUUUGCGUCGGGAGCAGUGGAGCUAGUAAAGUCACACUUGUCCUACAAUUCAGCCUGGUGUUCUGCCUUUGUUCAUGAUGUGUGUGAUGAUUCCUUACCCUACCCUUUUCCAGAUGAGAUCCAGGAUGUCAUUCUCCUUGUCUUUGUGCUCUCUGCCAUUCAUCCUGACAGGAUGCAAGGAGUUGUAAGUAGACUGGCCAAAUUAUUGAAACCUGGAGGGAUGUUGUUAUUUCGAGACUACGGAAGAUACGAUACAUCUCAGCUUCGUUUUAAAAAAGGCCGCUGCUUGUCAGAGAAUUUUUAUGUACGAGGAGACGGUACCAGAGUUUAUUUCUUUACAGAAGAUGAGGUCCACAACAUGUUUACCCUGGCUGGGUUAGUUGAAGUGCAGAAUCUAGUUGAUCGACGAUUACAAGUCAACAGGAAGAAAAAAGUGAAAAUGCAGCGAGUUUGGAUACAAGGCAAGUUCCAAAAACCAUUUCAGCCACCUCAGAAUAGCUGCCAAUAGGCACCCUCAUAGCAAAAUAUAUAGGAUUCCCCAGAGACCAAAACAAGUGAGUGCAUAUAUAUUUCCUGUGGAUCCGGUGUUAACUGCUGAAAAGGCAGGAAAAAUGUUGAACUGAAAGCAUUUUCUUAAAAAAAUGUACUUUUUUGUUGUUAAGAAGUGAUGUGGAAAAAUGUCUUUUGUCUCUGCUUGUAUACAUAAUAAAAUGGCUGUGCACUAA